AUGCCAUUUUUAUCAUAUAAGCAUUUUUCAGCCUUUUAUGCUGACUGUGAACUUCCAUCUACAGAAACUUUAAACACAUUAUUAAAACGUGCUGAUAUUGAAAUUCCAGUUGUGCAACUGCCUAAAAGAAACAAAAAUCAAUCAUCCAAGUUAAAAUUAUGGAAACUUUGUCCUUGGUUGCCAAAAACUUAUUUUUCAAAAAUUAAAGCUGACUUUACACUACAUCUUGAAGCAAACAAAAUUACAGAGUUAACAACAUGGUUACAGCUAGGGCAUUCAGCUAGAGAAAGUUGGGUUGAAGAUGUAUAUAUUAAGCAUAGGCUUCAAAUUGUUGCAAAUAGCGAUAAUAAGCCAGAAGUAGUGCAACAAGCAACUAGUAUUUUUAAAAAAUAUAUGAUGAUGAAUCAAAAAAAUAUGGAUUUAACUUUUAGAUCUAGUAAUGAAUUUCAAGAAACAGAUCAAGAGAUGCAUUUAAAUAAUAAUAACGAUGAUUCAGAAUUUUUUGGUAGCAAUUACUAUGAAAAUUGUGACAGUACUACCUCUGAUAACUAUGCAACACCUUCUUUUAGUAAUAAUAUUGUCUCUGUAUCCAACAGACACAUUACCUCUUGCAAUUAUGCCAUUCCAGCUUCUGGCAGUUAUAUUGAUCCUACUUCAAAUAGUGAUAAUGAGAUAUAUGAAAACACUUUAUCGCAAAACUUUAAAGACGCAUUAAAACAAAACUCAACUAUUGAGCAAAUCACUGAUAGAAUAAGCAGUCGAACACAACAAAAAGGUGAUACCAAUUCCAAGAAAUCUAAUCAAAGAUUAAAAGAUUCCUUAUCUAAAUAG